GCCCCCUCCCCACCGAGCCUCACCUUUUAUGGUAACGCGGCGCGGGGCGGCGGGGCGGAGGGAGCCGAGGGGGCGGGGAAGGCGGACGGGCGGAGGGGGCGGGAGGCCCCGCAGCUCCGGACUCCACUGGCUCGGGCGUCGGAUCGGAGCCGCAGGGGCGCGGGCAGCCCAGUGGAGCUGUCCUGAACCUUCCGGACUUCAGCCUUUCCAGGAGAAUCAGAUCCCAGCCACACCAGGAGCUGAAGCCAUGGCCUCAAAGCCUGAGAAGAGGGUGGCGUCAUCUGUCUUUAUCACCCUGGCACCCCCGCGCCGCGAUGUGGCUGUGGCGGAGGAAGUGAGGCAGGCGGUUUGUGAGGCCCAGCAUGGCUGCCCCUGGGAGGCUCCUGCCCCGAUGAAGGCACCCGGGGCUGGCUUAGCAGGGAGGCCCAGUCUCUGGACACCCACUGGCAAGGCUGCGGCCACAGUGCCAGCUGCACCUCUGCAGCUCUCCAAUGGAGUUGCAGGAUGCCCACCCCCUCCUCCUGUCCUGGAUGGCAAGGAUGCACUUCCCGACCUGGACCUCCUCCCACCCCCUCCACCGCCCCCUCCAGCGCUCCUGCCUUCUGAAGAGGAGGCUCCUGCUCCAAUGGGUGCCUCACUCAUUGCAGACUUAGAGCAGCUGCACCUGCCCCUGCCCCCACCCCCACCACAGGCCCUGGCAGAGGUACCUUCAGUCCAACCUGGGCCUGGUCCCCUCAGGGCCGUGGAGGAAGAGCUGCCACCUCCUCCAGCAGAGCCUGUUGAGAGAGAGGCGUCCACAGACAUCUGUGCCUUCUGCCACAAGACCGUGUCCCCCCGAGAGCUGGCUGUGGAGGCCAUGAAGAAGCAGUACCAUGCCCAGUGCUUCACGUGCCGCACCUGCCGCCACCAGCUGGCCGGGCAGAGAUUCUACCAGAAGGAUGGGAGACCCCUCUGUGAACCCUGCUACCAGGACACGCUGGAGAAGUGCGGCAAGUGUGGCGAGGUGGUCCGGGAGCACAUCAUCAGGGCCCUGGGCCAGGCCUUCCACCCCUCCUGCUUCACAUGUGUGACCUGCUCCCGGUGCAUCGGGGAUGAGAGCUUUGCCCUGGGCAGCCAGAACGAGGUAUACUGCCUGGACGACUUCUACAGGAAAUUUGCCCCUAUCUGCAGCAUCUGUGAGAAUCCCAUCAUUCCUCGGGACGGGAAGGAUGCCUUCAUCGAGUGCAUGGGAAGAAACUUCCAUGAAAAUUGCUACAGGUGUGAGGACUGCAGGAUCCUCCUGUCUGUGGAGCCCACGGACCAAGGCUGCUACCCCCUGAACAACCGUCUCUUCUGCAAGCCGUGCCAUGUGAAGCGGAGUGCUGCAGGGUGCUGCUAAGAGCACCCUCUGGGUGUCGGGCAGUGAAUGGACCACUAGCCCCGGCUGGGGACCCUUCCCUGACUUGGUUUCCCUUCCUGACCUGCUCUUGAACACUUUCUUUCUGAGCCCCCAUAGAGACCAGACUGCAAGUCAUCUCAGCCUCCAGGACACAGCGGGCUGAGUGCCCCCUGACCUUCCACUCCUCCUCUACCCUCUGGGCACCAGAAGACUCCUGGACCAUGAGUGUCACCCCCAGAAUUCCCUACUGGGCCCACCCCACUUCCAGGGGAAAGCUUGGGGAAGUCUGCCAGGGUACUUGGACCCCUAUCACUGACUGUAGCUAUCUGGUAGGGGUGCUGGGACCAGCCUGGCCUGUUGUAGGGUUGAGCUGUUUGAGGAAAAACUCCAAGAUUCCUUGAAAAGGGCUUUUUAGGCCAGGCAUGGUGGCUCAUGCCUGUAAUCCCAGCAGUUUGGGAGGCCAAGGUGAGUGAAUCACUGAGGUCAGGAGUUUGAGACGAGCCUGGCCAACGUGGCGAAACCGCAUUUCUACUAAAAAUACAAAAAUUAUCUGGGCGUGGUGGUGCAUGCCUAUAACUCCAGCUACGUGGGAGGCUGAGGCAGGAGAAUCACUUGAACCUGGGAGGCAGAGAUUGCAGUGAGCGGCGAUUGCACCACUGCACUCCAGCCUGGAAGACAGAGAGAGACUGUCUCAAAAAAAAAAAAGGAAAAGAAAAAAUGCUUUUUGAAAAUGUUGAGGUUGAAAUGAUGGGAACCAGCAUUCUUUGGAUUUAGGGGAGAGAGCAUAGUAGCAAACACCUCCCCUUGGUUCACACGUGGGAGAAUGGGACUCAGUGGGGACACAGCCCUGGACUUCCCCACCCUGGCAUAGGUUAUGCUAAACUGGGGCUGGGGCCCAGACCCAGGAGAAGAGGGUGGUUCACAGACUCCCUGGGAUGUCAGCAGCACCCACCUGCCUUCUAGCACCUCCUCCCAGUGCUGCAGUGAGUCAGCAGGCAUGCAGUGAGAGCCUGUUGCAUGCUGGGAACAGGGUGCAGGGGCCGAGUGUGCCUCCUGGACCCAUGACAGGAGCCAUACACCCCCCUCCCAUCCAAAACACACAAGCACUUCUCCAAAAUGAUGCUGGGACAGGUGUCCCUUUGUCCCCCGCUUAUGACCUCAAGUCCCACUUGGGCCCUGCAGCCCAGCCUGUCUUGUAUCCACUGCCUCCUCGAGGCCACACCUGAAAGAUUCCUUUUGAAUGAGAAUUAACAUUGUUGCUUCAUCCCUUCUAAGACAUUUUGCAGGGCAUGGACAAGUGAAACAAUGUGCUUUCCAGGCUGGGCGUGGUGGCUCACACCUGUGAUCCCAGCAUUUUGGGAGGCUGAGGCGGGCAAAUCACAAGGUCAGGAGAUCGAGACCAGCCUGGCCAACAUGGUGAAACCCUGUCUCUACUAAAAUACAAAAAAAAAAAAAAAAUAAAUAGUUGGGCAUGGUGGCAUAUGCCUGUAGUCUCAGCUACUCAGGAGGCUGAACUGAACCCGGGUGGCGGAGGUUGCAGUGAGCUGAGAUUUUGCUGCUGCACUCCAGCUGGGUGACAGAGCAAGACUGCGUCUCAAAAAAGAAAGAAGGUGCUUUCCUUUUCCUCCCUGGGGUCUCACUGUCCCACAGGCUCCCGGGAGACUCCCACAGGUGCCGUGCACUGGGCAAGCUUCUCUAUAGAGCCCAAGGGGCUUCAGUCCAGAGCUCAGCAUCUCGCCCUAAGCCUAAAGCAGGGCAUCCCAAACUUCUGCACUCACAGACCACCUCCACAAUUGUUAUAACCAAAGGCCUCGUGUUAUUUCAUUUAAAUCAACAUGCUAUUUUGUUUUCACUCACUUCUGACUUCAGCCUUGCGCUGAGCCGUGUAUCCAUGCAGUCAUGCUCACGUGCUAAUGUUUUUCUUCUUACACAUGAAAAUAAAUGUAUAACUGUUAGAA